CAUCAACUAGGGUUUAAGCCUCUCAGCACUACGAGCAAGAGGAGUCAGUAGCCGCAGCUCAGAGGAGAAAAAUGUCUCACAGGAAGUUUGAGCACCCAAGGCAUGGUUCCCUUGGAUUUCUUCCAAGGAAGCGAGCUGCUCGCCACAGAGGAAAAGUGAAGGCUUUUCCCAAGGAUGAUCCAAGCAAGCCUUGCAGGCUCACUGCCUUCCUUGGAUACAAGGCUGGUAUGACCCAUAUUGUCAGGGAUGUCGAGAAGCCUGGAUCUAAGCUUCAUAAGAAGGAAGCUUGUGAGGCUGUGACCAUCGUUGAAACUCCUCCAAUGGUGGUUGUUGGAGUUGUGGGAUAUGUGAAGACACCACGUGGUCUCCGCUCUUUGAACACUGUAUGGGCUCAGCAUCUGAGUGAGGAAUUGAGAAGAAGGUUCUACAAAAACUGGUGCAAGUCCAAGAAGAAGGCCUUCACAAAGUACUCAAAGCAAUAUGAGUCAGAAGAGGGAAAGAAGAGCAUCCAAGCACAGCUGGAGAAGAUCAAGAAAUAUGCAACUGUUGUCCGAGUUUUGGCUCACACUCAGAUUAGGAAGAUGAAGGGUCUGAAACAGAAGAAAGCUCACCUGAUGGAGAUCCAGGUCAAUGGUGGAACUAUUGCUCAGAAGGUUGACUAUGCAUAUGGUUUCUUUGAAAAGCAAAUCCCCAUUGAUGCUGUUUUCCAGAAGGAUGAAAUGAUUGACAUCAUUGGUGUCACCAAGGGUAAGGGUUACGAAGGUGUCGUAACUCGUUGGGGUGUCACCCGCCUUCCUCGCAAGACCCACAGGGGUCUGCGUAAGGUGGCUUGUAUUGGUGCCUGGCAUCCUGCUAGGGUCUCAUUCACAGUUGCCCGAGCUGGUCAGAAUGGAUACCACCACCGUACUGAAAUGAACAAGAAAAUCUACAAGCUUGGCAAGACUGGGCAGGAGUCCCAUGCUGCUAUUACUGAAUAUGACAGGACUGAGAAGGACAUCACUCCAAUGGGUGGUUUCCCUCACUAUGGUGUAGUAAAGGAUGAUUAUAUUAUGAUCAAGGGAUGCUGUGUUGGACCUAAGAAGAGGGUGGUUACACUUCGCCAAUCGUUGCUCGCACAGACAUCUCGUUUGGCUCUUGAAGAAAUCAAACUCAAGUUUGUUGACACCUCCUCCAAGUUUGGUCAUGGUCGUUUCCAGACAACACAGGAGAAACAGAAGUUCUAUGGACGCAUGAAGGCAUGAUCAUACAAAGAAGUCCAGAAUUUUGGGUCGUCAUAGUAAGUUAGGUGUUUUUAAGUUGUUUUGCAAUUGACAUUGUCUCUUAAAGACGAGUUUCUGAGUCUUGCUUUAUUUAGUCUGUUUUUUUCAAGAGAUGAGAAGGAUUUGGAACAAUCGUGGUCAUGUUUUGUUUCAAUGGAGAUUUUUAAAUUUUAAAUUUACUAAAUUAUUCUAUUA